AUGCUUAAGUUUAAGAAUGUUAUUACAGAAAGCGCGAAUGUGAAUACAGUUAAUUAUUUUUUUAAAAGAUUUGUAUCCAAGGUAAACCAUAAUAUUUUAUACAAAAAUAAAUAUGAAGGUGAUAUAAAAAAUGAAAAAGAAAUUAAGAUAAAACAUAUGAAUUCAUCUGUUCUUUGUAUUUUUUCAAAUAUGCUUUUGAAAGAGAAUAUUAAAAAUGAUUUUAUAUGGAAAAAAAUCGAAAAAAGAUCUUACGAAUUAAUCGAUAAAUUUGAAGUUGGGGAAAUUGCAUCCUUUUUAUUUUGUUUGAGUAAAAUUCGAUAUGAAACAAAUUUAUAUGAUAGUUUUAUUCCUAUAAUAAAAAAGAAAUGUGAAUAUUUUAACACUUCAAAUUUAGCUAUGUUAAUAUCAACCUAUUCGAAAAGAAAAAAAGAGAAUCUUAUUAUAUUCUUAAAAGAGGAAUUAAAAAAAAAAGUUCAUACACUUUACAAUAUAGUGGAAAUAUCUAUGAUUUUAAAUGCCUUAGUUAAAUGUAAGAUAAAUGAUGAAGAUUUGUUUGUUAAGCUGAGCAGUAUAAUUAUGGACAAUAUAAUGCAUAGUCAUGUGCAUGUUAGAGAUAUAUGUGUAAUUACAUACUGCUUUGCAUGUAUAUUAUACAAAAACAUGAAUAUUUUCAAAACCUUGUCGCAAAAAAUUAUUCUGUUAAUGGAUGAUAUAAAUUUAAUGGAUUUGUGUAGAAUAUUAUAUUCUUAUAUGAAAAUAAAUAAAAAUUUUAAUCAUAUAUUAAAAAUUUGUACUUAUAAAUUAACAACUGUUAUGGACAAAAGCAGUAUUGAUGAUGUAAUAAAUUGUAUUCAUUUUUUACCGAAUAUAAAGGAGAUUAUUGAAAAUUACGAGCUUAUAUAUGGGAAAGGUGAAUAUGUUAAGGACGACAAAAAUUUCAACUAUUCCAUUAACUAUAUCAAUUUAUUUAAUUACAUAAUAAAUAUAUUUAAUGAAAAACUUAUUAGUUACGUAAAUUUAUUGAACUGUAAUCAAAUAAGUAACCUAUUUUAUAUAUAUUCAAGAUAUAAUAUACUUAUAUGUUUGUCUAAAAUGGAUAUUUUUAUUUCACAAAUAAAAAAAAUGAAAUUGUUGAAAGAAUUAAAAAUUUAUGUUUUGUAUUCAUUAUCCAUUCUUUUAAAAAAUUAUGAAAAUAACAACAUGUACGAUUUUCAUCUUUUGGACGUGAAUAAAAUUUUUAUUAAAGAAAAUACUGAAAAAUGCAAAACUGAAAAAUGUAAAAAAGAUAAUGUAAACAAAUGUUUAAAUGCGUGUGAAUAUGAAAACUUGAAAAAUAAUUUACUCAGAUUAUUAAAUCACUGGGAAGACGAUAUUGAAAUGUUUAUAAAUAAUUACGAUAUUUGUUUAAUUCAAGACAUUAUAAAAGUUCUAAACAUUCUUUUAAUAUUAAAUUAUACACAUAAUUCCAUUAUACAUAACAUAAAAAAUUAUAUAAUAAUUAAUUAUAAAAACAUAAAUGAACAUAGCGCCUAUACAUUAUUGUUUUAUUUUCAAAAAUUAAACAUAAUAAACGACGGGGAAGAUCUUACAGAAAUUCUGAAGUGUAAAAUGAAACAGUUAAAACAUAAACAAGCUACGGCUCAAUAA